AUGGUGAAGCAGAAGAAACACACUGGAAAGAUAGCUCGAAGAAAGGUCGUACUUGUGACCGGUGCCAACACUGGUCUCGGAUUUCAGAUUGUCAAAGCCAUAUGUGGCUCCGAGGGAUCUUAUGGAGUCCUUCUUGGAGGCAGAUCGAUCCGCAAAGCCGAAGAAGCAGUCAAAAAUCUGAAGGAAGAGUUCCCUCAAGCCAGUAUUCACCCGAUCCAGGUUGACGUUGAGGACGAUACAUCGAUAAACUCGGCAUUUGAGUAUGUGAAGGCCAAGUUUGGAAAGCUCGACGCGCUCAUCAACAACGCUGGCUCCCAGCUUGAUCAGCAAGUACUUGCUGGUAAGAUGGCGACCAGAGAGAUGUGGAACAAAACCGGUACAUCCUCCCUUACCACGUCCGAAAACCCCGACUUUUUCUUCAACAAAGGACCGUCCAAGGGUUGGCCCAAGACUUUGACCACCGUUGAUGUGCCUGCAUACCGAAGCAGUAAGACAGGUAUGAAUAUGAUGAUGAGGGAAUGGAAUAGAAUACUUGGUGAAGAUGUCAUCAGGGUAUGGGCUAUCAGCCCUGGCUAUCUGGCCACUGGCCUCGGUCUCGGCUCAGAGACGAAUCAAAAACAAGGCGCCAUUGACCCUGCGAUUGGUGCCGCGCUUGUUAAAGAUGUUUUGGAGGGGGCGAGGGAUGGUGAUGUAGGUAAAGUUAUUCUCAAACAGGGAGUCCAGCCAUGGUAA